CUCCGGAGCCUCUUAAACGUCACGGACGGCCGGAAGCGGUCGCAAAUUUAAACAGCACCACAUCAACAACAAAGGCGUGAUUUGACUUAUUCGGCCCGUCAGCCCGAUCGAUAUCUGAUGAGAAACUAAGCGAACGCCGCACAGAGGAUUUCUUCCAGGUGAGAUGAGCUCUCUGUCGGUCGCGGUGUUUCACCUGCUCGGCGCCGCCUGACUCUCUCUGCGUCGCCGUCGACUUUGAAUCUGACUAUUACCUGGACAACAAUCUGGUCCAGAGUCGUCGCGGCGCUGACUAAAACAACAGUGUUGUCAGGUGCAAACCUCAUAGAAGUUGAUCCGACCUGAAGGCAGAAGUAUGGAAGAAGAAAUAAAGGCCGAGCCAGAACAAGGAGAUGGUGCGAGCAAAGAGGGAGAGUCCAGUGCAGACGUAUCCAGCAGAAGUCCCAUGAAGAGAGCAAGGGGGCGGCCGCAAGGGUCAAAGAAGCUGAAGGUUUGUGUAACAGACAUUAACCUACUGGAGCUGGUUUCUGGCAUUUCCAAUGGUGGGUCCACACAGCCCCUGAGAGGGAGAGGGCGUCCAAAACUCUCGGGCACGAAACACACAGUGCAGGAGGGGUCAGGAGACAGCCACGCUGAUGACUCUGUGCAAACUCACAAAGCCAGUAACGGAGACGACACUCUGUCAGACCAUACUCCGAAGAAAAGAGGCAGACCAAAAAAGUCUCCAGGCGAAAGCAUCCCUGAGAAGGCCACGGCAGGAGACUUACCAAAUGGUGGCUCUGCUACGCCGAAAAGGGGAAGGGGUCGUCCAAAAGGGUCGGUGAAACGCAAGUCGGAGAGUUUAGCAAGCAGCGAAGAGGGCGAAGGCGGUCCUGUAACGCCGAGGAGAAGAGGCCGACCAAAGGGCUCUCUCAAUAAGAAGCCCAGACUGCUGGCGGAGGUGAGCAGCGAGGGGGAGGAGGAAACCGACGGAAGUCUGAACUCGCCAAAAAGAGGGAGAGGUCGGCUCAGGAAGGUCGUGGUGAAUUACAGUGGGAGGUCGACACAGAACGCGUCAAAUGGCAUCGCUCCUCAGAGACGGAGGGGGAGGCCGAGAAAAAGUGUUGAACAAAAGAGCAGAGAUCAACAAGAAUUGGUCACAGGGCAAACGAAAAGGGGAAGAGGUCGACCCAAAGGCUCUUUGAACAAGAAACCUCCGGUUAAUAAGGUGCACGGUAAGGUGGGCCGGCCACGGACAGUACAUGUUGCACCUGUAACAGGGAGGCGUGGUCGGCCGAGACUACAGCCGGCCAAGAGGGGAAGGCCAAGAAAGUAUCCUCUGCCGUCGCCCGAGGAUCUGAAAAAACCUAAAGUAUGGAAACCGCUCGGGCGGCCGAGGAAGUACCCGCGUGUGGACCCUCCAGAGGGCGCUCUGCCGGCCCCUCGCAGGAGCCGCGGUCGGCCCCGCAAGGCCGAGUCAAGGAAAGGCGCGCACUUACGCAAGAGUGUGCCCAACAUGCCGUCCUCGCUGCGCAACCCGAACGAUGGACCCCCGAGGAAAAGGGGCCGACCCCGAACUACUCAGAAAAGUGAGGACGUCGCGCCGCGGAAAAAAAGGGGCCGGCCUAAAGGUUCGGUCAACAAAAACAAAGGCAGAAGUGAAACGCAGCUCGACGGCGCCAAGCAUUCAAAAGAAAAGAGUGAUUCACCUGCUGUCGAGGUGGAAUGUGAAGGAGAGCCGGUGGAGGCAGUGGUGGAGCACGACGUGCACGAGACUGAAGAGACGCUCAUCGAACAGGACGCAAACUUUGAAGACAGUGAUCGCCAACCUUUUUAAGCCCAGGACCCCUGACAUCCUCAGCCCUGGAGAAAGGCGAGAUCUCCCUAUCGAAGCAUCGAGAGAAAAAGACCAAAUCUUCUAAAUUGGGGCCUUUUAUUUAGGCCAACUGUAUUUGAAUAACAUGAAAUACUUUGCUCCAACUUUCAAUUUGAUGCAACAACAAAAAUAAAACCUGUAACUGUCUUCAAACAGGCCAUAGCUACUUAUCUUUAAGAAUUUAUUUUCUAUUUGCAUUAUACAAAUAUGCAAAUUAUUUUGUUCAUAGUGGACGAAUUAAAAAACAAAACAGGUUAUUGGCCUGUGUCUUAGUAGUAUACAUGUUAAGGGCAGCUUAAACAGAAAUGAUGACAAAAACCAUAUUAGAAUGGUUUUAAACACUUACUGGAUUUGAAUUAAUUUGCGUUAAUCUGAAAGACGACGUGAUUUUGAACGAGUUGCAUCAGAACCCAAAAGUUGCACUUUCACCCCGGCUCUCUGUUGAGUAUCUGUUGGAAGAUGUUUUGAAUAUAGAAUAUGUCUGAAUGAUCAUUUUUGGUCACUUUGUUUCUAAAUGCCAUUUCACACUCAUAAUAUGUCGUCAUAUUUGUUUCGCCUUAAUUUGUCAAAGCUUUGAAUGUACAAUGGGUUUCUGUUGAUUUAGAUCAGUGUGUCGUUCUGCACAGACCAGCCUCUUGAUUUGUUUUUAGUUUUGUUACAUGCAUUCCUGGACUGGACGAUAAUCUCUGUGUCAACGCCCUCCUGCCGCUCACAGUCACUCUCAAGGUUUCCUCCUCCUCCUCCACUCGAAAGCCUUUACUUUUUUUUGGUUUCAGCUGUUAGUUGAGUUUCUGUUUUUUUCAACCUUUUCUCGAAUGUUCACAUUCGUUUGCGUUCUUUUUUUCCAAUAACUUGAGACUGACAUGAGAUUAAAGUGAGUGGGUUGAUUUCACAGACAUUAUAUGAACUUUUUUUUUUCGACACCUUGUGUAAAAUAAUUCUUGUGUGACAUGACUUUUACAUUGUUAUUUCUGAUAUUAACUCCCUGUGUGGUCGGGUCAAACAGUUGACGUUUCUAAAUGCCAAACUGUGCUUCUGUGUCCAGUUCUGUAAAAAAAAAAGAAAAAGAAACGUGAGUCGAGGACGGAGACAGAGGCUUGAGAUUUUAAAGAGUUACUUUGAGAUUCGAUCUGGAUUUGUGAAGUCAAAUCAAUUUAAGUGGAUUAAUUUGGAUUUUUGUGUGUUUGAAAGCAAGAAUCCAAUAAUUUGUGACUUUAUGGUCUUGAAAUAAAAGGUUCUUGCAGUUUUA